AUGACGCUCCAAAAGUUCCACCUUUUAGGCGAUGAACUCUCAAUCGCAAGACCCAUCGAAGUCGAUCCUCGUGCGCAGCUCAGUGAGCUCAGAAAUCUCGUGGCCGCCCAUUUUGCCAUCGUCGAGCCGAAAGGUGAGUGCAGGCAUUCGCUCAAGAUUGUCACAUGCUCCAACUAUGAAGGAGAGGAACCCUUGGCUAAAGAUUACAUAGGGAUUGAAUUCCAGACUCAGGACAAUGAAUAUUUGUCUGAUGUUUCAGAUGUAAUUACAUCAUUGGACCCCGUGGCAAUUACAAUUGAUGGCCAUGGUGUUCGUGAUCCACCUGGGCCGACUGGUUUACCUUACGUCGGAAACUACUUCGAGGUUUACCCGGAUCACCUUGGUAACCACCAGCGUCUUUUCGAGCAAUACGGGCCAUUGAUCAAGACGACAAAUAUGGGAAGAACGACGUAUCAAACCAACGACCCUCAAAUAUCCGCCAUUGUUUUCGCGGAGUCUGACUUUUUCACGAAAAAGAUCAAUGAAGCGCAUCCAUUGUCCGCUCUGAAAACACCAGCUGCCGGAGUUUUCCUCGGAGAUACAGAUACACCUGAGUGGAAGAUUGCUCAUAAAUUUCUACCUCCUGCUCUUGGUCCAAAGGCAGUGCGUCAUUAUGCCCCAACGAUGCAAAAGACUGUUGAAGAUGCCUUCAAAGUGUUCGAUGCGUUCGAUGAGAAAGCCGAAUCUUGGAAUGUCUACCACUAUAUGUUGAAGCUAGGAUCACAGGCAGUGGGGAAACUGACACUUGGCUUGGACUUUGAGCAUUUCAACUCAACUGAAGCUCCAUUACAUGAAAUGGUCCAUUCAAUAGCUGAGAUCCUGACGUUGAACAAGAAGGUGACCUCGAAAGGUGAUUGGUAUGGCCGCCUACCAUUUGGAGACCCUCAGAGGCUACGACGUGUGAAGUCUCGCGUUGAACAAAUGGUCGAGCAAUCUAUUGAACAGGCGGCACGGGGUGGUGUCGAAGACCUUCCUCUCCAAGAUGCAGCACUCAAGGCCUCGAAUAUGGUUGAUUAUGCCAUUCGUGCGACCGACAAUAAAGGAGAGAAAUUGCCUAAAUCUAGCUUAGUGUGGGCACUGGUCGUGGCGACUGGUGCUGGAUUCACCACCACAAGCUCCCUUCUUUCCUGGCUCAUCUAUGGCCUUGUGACAUAUCCUGGGAUGCAAGAAAGGCUCCUGCAGGAGCUCAUUGACAACGAUAUCGAUGAAAAUAGCGAGAUUACUGCCGAGGUGACCGACCGCCUUGAUUUCCUCGAUAAAUACAUAAAGGAAACUCAGCGCCGACAUAACCCUUCAUUUCAACCCGGUCGAACUGCUAAAAUCGAUAUGAUUCUCCCCGGGGGGUACAGAUUGCCAAAGGAUGCGGUGGUAAUCCCAGCACUUCAUCAUAUCCAUAAUAACCCGGCCUUGUGGGACAACCCCCAGAGAUUCAAUCCCGAUAGAUGGGAUACCGAUGAAGUGAGAUCUAGACACAAGGCUGCAUAUAUCCCAUUCGCCACCGGGCAGAGGAUGUGUAUCGGCUUCAAUUUCGCGCUUCAGGAGAUCAAGGUUUUCCUUCCCAAACUCAUAUACAGAUACAAGUUCUCUCGUGAUGGUGAUGGGCCAAUUGAAUAUGAUCCCAUGUUUCAGCUGAUUAGGCCGAACAAUCUCUAUGUUCAUGCAGAAAAACGUGUCAAAUGGCCGCCGAAAAGCGAAAGUGACACUGCAGGAUCAGAGUCUGUAUGA